AGCAAGUUUGGGGAGCGCUCGUUGCUGUGGCUCCACGCCCCAAUUCUACUCAUCCGCGAGCUUUUUGAGUCAGUAAAAUCUGGUGACUCUUUCUCACAGCUGUCACCUGGUCACAUAUAAAAAGAACGGACAGUUCCCUCAAAGCAUUUACUGUCUGCCAGCACGGUCCACACCUCCACUCCCUCGUCCUCUACAGGCUCAACAUGAGGUUGCUAUUUCUGCUAUCGUCUGCAGCUGUGGUGGCUACUGCCAAGCCGAUUGGAAGUGUCUCAACAGACUCUGUCGGAGGUCCAGCGCCGUCGCCACAUCAACUUGAAGCCAGCGCUACGUGGCCUCGAUUCUACACCUACCACGAUCGACACGACACUCAGUACGAUUCUGCAGCUACCAUCGUAGACGACAAGACGCUCGAGUCUCGUAAUGAUGUCGCCGAACCUGGGCAAGUGCUACCACUAGAGCUUGGGACACAUUCACAACCCGUGGACUUCUGUUUUGACGACUAUUGCUGUUCCGGCAGUCAGUGUGGCAUGGUACCUGCAAACGAACAUGCGGAGUUCCUCGAAGCCCGAGGCGACGACGCCAUGUACGACCGAGAUUACUCCCUCGAACCUAGAGCUGCUGGUGGACCACGCGAUCACUUCUGCUGGAGCCCGCAAGAUCCUAUGUGCCAACCGGACCCUCCUGCUGCGCAGAUCAAGGCACGCGAAGCUCGGGAUACUGACGUCAAGUCCGGUACAGUCGAUUGGCUUGAAUCUGGAGCCGCCGCUCACCCACCGCGCCGCUACUGCUGGAGUGACGUAGACCCGUUCUGCUCAGGCCCUCCUGCUGCACAAAUUAAGGCACGCGAAGCUCAUGAAAACUCAAUCCAGCCCGGUACAAUCGAAUGGCUAGAACCCAGAGCUGCCGCUCGACCACCGGAGCGCACCUGCUGGAGUGACCUAGACCUGCUUUGCUCAGGCCCUCCUCUAGAAGGUCGCAGAGUGAACAGUCAGCACGGCUCCAAACGCUUAUCACAAGCCAAGGCGCGCGAAUCUGUGAUCAUCUCAGCGCCAGUCAAUGACAGUAUCGUAGCUGGAAAAACACCACUACUUGCCAGAGCCAGCAGACCGCCUGGUCGCUUUUGCUUUGGGCAUUACGAAUGGUUCUGCAGACAGACCGCUCACGGCGAGGCGAAGUGAGAGUCGCAGUGAAUCUCUUGAGUACAGUCAAUUCGCUGCAGCCCUCUGAGCAAUGCCAAAGACAUAGAGAAGGUACUAAAGCUGGGGAUUGCGCAAAUGACAGGGCCAGGUAUCAAGGUAGGAGCUCUGGCAGGCUUAGAUACUGCUCUUGACAGAAAGAAUGAAAAGUUUGGUUUGGGUAGGCAGGAUGGUUGGAUUCAAAAGCUAUCAGACCCAUACGACAGCGAAAGACUAAGAAAGUGCAAAACAUGACAAAGAAACUUGAUGAACAUUCUUGACUGUCUCUAUCUAAGGUUUCUAGAAAAAAGACGGUUGUUCUGGCGACAUCCAUGAGUUGUGCCAUGUUGCGAUGUUUGUGUUGUUUGUAUGCGAGU